AUGGAUGACGCCCUAGUGGAGUACCUCGAGGAGAAUUUGUCGCCUGAAGUUGGCGGGUCCACUAGUCUAGACGCCGUGGAAGCGUUAAAAGACGGAGUCCACGACCCUGUCAAGAAGCCCGACGUUUACAAGAGUCAUUUUGUCGGCAAGACGAUUGUUAUCGUUUUCGAUAAUGGACCUGAUUUCACCAAGACCCAAGAUAAGGUCCAAGGCAGGGAGGACCUCGAGCUACUGCGAGUCGGCCCCUACUCGCCCAUGUGCAAUCCAAUUGAAGUUGCUUUACCGCUUUGA